AUGGCACAGGUUGGAUCUGAGAUCAAAGAGAGCUCCGGCAAUGACCCAGCUGAAGCUCUCGUGGCCACAUUUCCCACAAGGGAAGGAUGGUCGACGCCGCUCACCCUCUACAACAACUGCUGGCUGAGAUCACACAUGCUGAGGGAAUUCAUGCUCGUGAGAGACAACUUCAAGCCCCGGCGCGACGACAUCAUCCUCGCCACCCACCCCAAGAGCGGCACCACCUGGCUCAAGGCCCUCGCCUUCACCAUCUGCAGCCGCUCCCGCUGCGACUUCACCGACAGCCCUCUGCUCACAACCAACCAACCCACAACGGGUCGUGCCCUUCAUCGGAGCCGUGGGUGGAGACCUCGACUUCCUCGAGACGCUCCCUUCGCCGAGGCUGCUCGCCACCCACCUGCCUCUCUCGCUCCUCCCGCCCGCCGUCUCUACCGUCGGCUGCAGGGUCGUGUACCUCUGCCGCGAGCCCAAAGACGCCUUCGUGUCAAGGUGGCACUUCGACAACAAGAUGGGCAAAGGGGCUCCUAUCACCCUCGACGAUGCAUUCAGCAUGUUUUGCGAAGGGUUCUCCCCAUUCGGGCCCUUCUGGGACCAUUAUCUCCGGUACUGGAAAGAAAGCUUGGCGAGGCCGCAAGAGGUAAUGUUUCUCAAGUAUGA